UGCCAACCUUCGAAUCGUUAUUAAAAAAAAGGAAGAAAGAAACUAGUACUUGAGUGGUUUCUAUACCGCCCCGGACACCACAUGUCUGACGUACCCAACACAGACCAACAAACCUCGACCACAGAGAGUCGUCGAGCCAUUAUGGGUACGCUACCGUCACCCUUGCCAACGCAGUCUGAUAGUGGUAUAUACAUAAACCCAAAUUCUUCUCAAGUGGGUAGCAGCUCUAUUACGGUGCCUCUUCUCGAGGUUCCGUCUACUACCAUUCCUCAAGGUCGUUGGGGUGAGGGGCUGAAAGAAGGCUUUGAGGAACAUGCUGUUGAUACAGUUGUCUCAACCGACUCGUCGACCAACAUUGAAGAGGAGCCACCAAAGCGGGAUGAAGCGGGCCCGAUCAAAGUGGAAGUUAUAUCAUCAGAUAUGUUUAGCCUUCCAGUCUUGCCUACAUCGCCCAACUCGCCGCUGGAGCUCAAGGACAAAAGCGGCAAAGAGCACCAUAAUCCAGACCUUGACAAAAAUCAUGUCAAUGUCACCGGAGAUAACAGGGGAGGGAAGUCUUCCGCAUCCCUACCACAAUCAUUUUUCAAGCCGUUUGCACUUCCCAUCCAACAGUCGCCGGAGACUCGGCCUGUAGCCCCAAAGAUCAAUUCCCUCCUUUCCAACGGCAGUAGAUCGUCAUCUGGUUCUCCUUUUGCAUUACCCAUUGUCGGGGCCCUACCUACCCAAUCAACCUCUGCGGAAGAUAGUGAGCUUGAGGAAGGGGAAGUUUCCGAUUCGUGGGAACCGCCAACCACAGAAGUGAAACAAUCAACAGACGAUGAAGGAGGUCAAACAGGUCUGGAGGAGGAUUCUAAAGACGAAGGCGAUGAUUGGUCAUCGAAUGAAGAAUCGGAGAGCGACGACGUGAAUCGACCUUUCGCGAUUGACCCUAUUGCGAUGUCCUGGAUGCUACAAAAUGGAAAUGGAGCGCAUCUCCCACUCCAAUGGCAGGGGAUGGAUCAGGAUCGGCUGAUGAAGCGGAAAUCAGAGGCUGAUGAUGUCCCAUACGACGGACCGGAAGCGAAGCGGGUCAAGACGACAAAGAAGAAGUCGAAGAAACGGAAAAAGAAGGGAGUAACCACCCCAAACUUACCGUAUGGAGCUUCCGACAACUCAUCUCUUCCGGAAACGGAUGACAUCGAAACAGAACCCAAACUCCAAGGACACCAAAGACUCGAGCUGCUAUUUGGCACCACAGUUACCAACCCCAUCCUGCUAGCCGAGGCCGCCCCAUCUUCUCCACGAUUACAAGCAAGAGUGCCUACGUCCGAGUCCCAAAAAGAAGCCCAAGUCCGCCAUGCCGCUGCGGAACGGGAACGCAAACACCGCGAAAGAGCUGCCACAACCCCUUGCGAAUACUGGGCCUCAGGCCGGUGCUUCAUGGGCAACCACUGCCCUUUCUCUCACGCCGGGGAAGGCAAGCCAUAUGUACCUAGCGAACGCCUUCCGUGUCGUUUCUUCAAAUCAGGCCAAUGCGUCCGCGGGAACGAAUGCCCAUGGUCGCACGAUCUGAAACUGGAGCCUUGUGUCUAUUUUCAUGCCAGAGGAGGUUGUGCCAAAGGGCCAUCGUGUCCCUUUUCGCACGACCAAUUGACAGAGGAACAAGUACAACGGCUAGUACACGAAGAGCAGCGAUGGAGCAGCCGAAAGAGGAAAGGGUAUGGGCAGGGUGGAGAGGAAGCCCCUCGGGCCGUUGAUUGGGUGGGCAUAUAUCGAGCGUCAUUGGGUAUCCCAAAUACUAUCGCGCUCACACCAGAAUCCCGCUCGAGUAGCGCUAAAAGCAGCCCUCGACAACCUCCUGAAUUGCCAUCCAACGACUCGACAAUACCUGCCACUUUUAACUUGUUUGCAAACUCUCGAGUAGAUCCGUUUCAGACAGAACAACCCUCCUACCCGAAACUCGGUGAUCCGCGCCUGUCAUCCUCAACCCCUCCUUCAGAUCUACCAGCGGAGCCACGAAAACGUGCCUUCAAUUUACCACCAGCACCGAAUCUAAAUACCCUGUUCCCGGCGGCCGUGAAUACCCCGCCUGUCGCAUCCGCUCCCAGUUCUAUGAUCGAGGAACCGACAGUUGGGCCAACCGAAUUCCGGAUAGAGGAUGUAGAUGUAGAUUUACUUCGCGGGAUUCCAGGUGCAGAGUCUGUACUCGAGAGGGUGAGCCGACAAACACCGUCAAUUGACCUACAUGGCCCCUCACGUGAGAAGUUUGGUGACGGCUGGGAACGAGGUCGUGGACGCGGAUGGGGACGGGGACGUGGAUUUGGUCAUCCUCGAGGAAGGGGAAGGGGGCGCGGGAGAGGUUACGAUGGAGGUGGGCGGGGUCAGUGGCGUGGCGCCAGUCGUGGCGGGAGACCAUUUUGAAUUGGCGUGCGCGGGAUAUGACCAUACUGCUGUAUAUUUGCAUACUGUCGGUCUGCCACCACUUUAUAUACAAAUCCUAUUAAUAAUAAUUACAGAAACAAA